AUGGCAUCUUUUUCUUUUAUAAAAAUAUCCACAUUGAUCUUUGCAUACCUAUUCUUAUGGUAUCAAACCAAUUAUCAGCACCAGGUGAGUGCAUUAAGCACAUUAAACCAUGAUGAUAUAUCGGAUGGAAGCGGUUUAUAUUCAUCAGAGGAAGAUAUAAAUAAUGGAAAUGCUCGUUUGAAGACAUUAGGAAGUGAUGGACCACAUGUUCCCCAUAAGGGUUAUGGGGAUUAUAGUCCUCCCCAAGGAGGAGUAGGUUCCUCCGCCCAUUCGGCAGAAAACAACACCCCAAGAGAUGCAAAAAAUAUAAAGGAUAAAUUUCGCAAAUUUUGUGAAAAAUUUUUUUGUCGUGGUGCCAUGAAACAUAGAAGUAUACUAUUAUUAAUAGUGAACAUUUUGAUCUUGUGUGUUCUGCUUAUUUCGUGCGUAUCCACGGGAUCCGGGAACUUUUCAACGGCUACUGCUAAAGGACUCGGAGUUGCCGGAGUUAUAGGUCUCCUUAUAUUAGUGGGUUUCCUCGGAUACUAUUAUUAUAAAGCACGCAAAAAAUACGUCGAAAAAAAGAAAAAAAACAAAAUUCUAUAA